UUCAAGGCUGCUGCGCAGAUCAUACUGGCGUUAAAUUCAGGCUCAGCUGAGCACUAUCAUAGCUUUCAGCCUGUGUAGAACUGAGACAAAGCCAUGACUUUACGUUUGAUGUGCGUGGCCAUCCUGGUCAUAGCAGCUCACCUGGCGCUCACCAAUGCUGCUGUCCGUGUGUGGGGCUUGCAAGGCUUUAACUUGAAAGGAGACCCCAUUGGACACCCUGACCCCUACGUUAAAGUCUGGUGCGACUCCACUUUUGGCGGCAUGACCGAGUUCCAACAGAACAACGCCAACCCAAUAUGGACUGCCGAAUUCAACUUUCCCAACUGCGCAGCUAAAGACAUCCUGAAACUGGAGGUGUGGGACAAGGACACCCACUAUGAUGACCUCCUGGAAACCUGCUAUGCACAUGUGCAGUCUGGCACUCAUGCAAAUGAGUGCACAGUGGGCAAAGGCAGUCUGCGUUACAGCUAUGAGCUCAUAUGAAUGGUCUAAGUCUCGUAGCCGCUAAGAGCUUUCAAAAGCUUGAAUUAGAAUGCCAUAUCCCAUGUUUCUUUGCAAAGUCUUCACAUCUCUUAAUCAUCAAUUAACGACCAAUAUUAAAGUGAUCUUC